AUGAAAUAAUAUAGGAAAAUAGAUGCGGCUUUAAUUUUAAUUGGUAAAAGUGAGUUAUUGAAGACUAAAGGAUAAUUUUAAAAAUAAAAAGGAUAAGAUAUAGGUAAUAUAAUAAAUUGGGAGUGGAUUAUUUUAAGAUAUCUGCUAAAACAGGAAAAAAUGUAUUUUAAAGUACUAUAAGGAUUAGCUGAAUUGUUUGAGUCUUAAAAUAAUGAAAAGAUACCUCUUCCUAAUUUUACUGAAAACAAUAAAUUAUAAGAUCAAUAUGACUUCAAAUAUUAGAAAUAAAAAAUAAAAAUAAGAAUGUUGUUUGAUAACAAUGAGUAUUAAUCUAUAAAAAUAUGUCAAUAUUAUUAUAAUUGA